AUGACCUCGGCCCCGGCGACGCACCUGUUCCAGUCGGACGCCUCGCUGGCGCUCGGCGAGGCGCGCGCCGCCAAGGCCCAGCGCACGGCGCAUGGCGCCGCGCAUGGAUACCCCAUCUGGCUCGGCGUCGGUGCGAGUCCGCUCCCCCACAGCCAGGAAGAACAGGCGCCGGCGCCGACGCGCGACCUCGCCACGCUGGCGGAGCGCGCGGCAGGCGCCGACGGCGGCCUGCACAAGGUGCUCCAUGCGGCACUGGCCCACGAGACGCUGUACACGGCGGAGGCAGGGCGCCUCGCGCGACGCACACAUCUCGAGUCGGGCGACGCGCUCGCCACGUACACCAGGCACGGCGGCCCAGUCACCGGCAUUGCCGUGAUCCCCGUGCAGCCUGGGCGCACGAUCCUGUGCACGGCUUCUUGGGAUCGCUGCCUCCGCUUUUGGGACGCGGAGCACGCGCGUGCACCGUUUCUGUGCGUGGACAACGCGGCCGCCGACCUCCUCAAGGCUCUGCACUACGAUGCACCCCAUGCGAUCCUGUGCUCUGGCGGCAGCGACAAGACGGUGCGCCUGUGGGACCUCGCGCCCAUGCUUGCGUGGGCCAGGCGCUCUCUGGAGAGUGCCCCGGCGCUCGGCGCAGAUGCCCCGCGGCCGCCGCUCGUCGGCUCGUACCAAGUGCACACGCGCCCGGUCGUGAGCCUCGCGUCGGUGCCUGCCGCGCCGGCGCCGCCCGCGCAGUGGGCGCCUGACGUGCGCAACCUGGACAGUGCGCUUGUCCUAUGGUCCGCCGACUCGAUGGGGCGCGUGCUGCAGGUGCGCUGGGACGCCGACACGCAGCGCUGUACCGUGGAGCGCGAGCUCGACGGGCCGGAAACCAAUGUGCACCAGCUCGUGCCGGCGUGGCGCGAGUACGAUGCCGAGCAGUACACGCUCGAUGUGUGGUGCGUGUCGUCGGACCAGACGGUGCGCCGUUUCCCGCUCUCCGCGCACGCGCGCGAGACGGUGCUGCCCGGCCGUGCAUCGCACGCGGGGGCGGCGGCCGGCGCCCAGCCGCCGCUGCGCGCGGACGUGUGCUUCUCGGUGCCCGCUCGCUCUGUGCUGCCGCUUGCGGUGGACGAUCUCGUUUUGCUGGGGUGUGUGGACGGCACGCUGCAGCUGUGGUCACUCGCACACGGCGCAUGUGUGCAUGUGCUGGACGGCCACUGGCACGAAGUGACCUUCCUGAGCGUGUGGCACCGCGCCACCGAGCCGUACGUCGUGUCGGCCUCCCUGGACGGUACGGUGCGCCGCUGGCCGUGGUCACGCCUGAUGGCGCGUCGCGAGGCGCCCGAGGCGCCUGCGGCGCCGGGCGCGGCGCUCACGGCCGAGGAGGAAGCGGAGCUGGAGGCCCUACUGGACGAGUAA